GCCGCCCACUUGGCAAGAUCCCCAUUUUCAUUCUGUGAACGCCAUGCCCUUUGAGUCGACGCCAUUUGAGUCGCUAAGUGAAGCUGAGCUGGACGGAUUCAAGCAAAAGGACGGGAAAGUCCACUUGUUCAACAACAUUAUCUGCCCCUUUGGCCACCGUGCUCUAUGGACCGCCGUGGAAGCAAACGCGCCGUUCCAUGUGGUCGAAGUGUCGUUGGCCGACAUGCCUGCAGCGUACAUCGAAAGAUUCAACCGGUUCGGAACCGUGCCAUAUCUCCUCUCGAACGGUACCCCAAUCUACGAAUCUGCCAUCAUCGCCCAGUACUUGGACACCAAAUUCGGUAACGGCGAGAUCUUCCGCCAUCACGAUCCUGAAGAAGCGGCGUUGAGUCAAUUGGCAGCAGCCAAGUUUGAAGUCGGGCCGUUUUACCAGGUUUUAGGCAAUGCUAGUGACGAGAACGUGGAGGCGUUGAAGGAGACCCUAACCGACGUCGAGACAAUCUAUCGCGUGCACGCUGCUGCCUACCGUUCGAGCGGCCCAUUUUUGCUCGGAAGCAAACUAGGCGGGGCCGAAAUUCUCAUCGUGCCGUUCUUAUUCCGAUUUGAGAUCCUGCUGAAGCACUACCGCAAUAUCGACCUCCUCUCUGGGUUCCCAUUGCUCCAAGCGGUGCUCGCCGCUGCCAGGACCCGGUCGGCCUUCCAGGACACCAUUCGCGAUGCCCAAUUCUACAUUGACGCAUAUGCCAAGUACGCUAACAAGUAGUGCGCUGUCGACGGACACUCUGUCGCCGACUUCUUGAAUCUAUGUUCCUGGGUCGGCUGGAGGCCAGCACUUCUCACUGCAGAGUAAUCAUGUCUACGCCUUUCUCUUGGCUCUAUGCGCUCACGAAUAUUGCGUGUACUCA